AUGCCCACGGAGCUUGUCAACUACCCUGAGCUGCUGCAGUGCCUGAACGCCCCCCUGCUGAGCCAGGCCCAGUGCGAGGCCGCCUACCCCGGCCAGAUCACCGCAAACAUGGUCUGCGCUGGCUUCAUGGAGGGCGGCAAGGACUCCUGCCAGGGUGACUCUGGCGGCCCCGUGGUCUGCAACGGAGAACUCCAGGGCGUCGUCUCCUGGGGCUACGGCUGCGCCCAGAAGGGCAAGCCCGGCGUCUACACCAGGGUCUGCAACUACGUGGACUGGAUCCAGCAGACCAUGGCUGCCUACUGA